AAACUGUCACAAGUUAGCCUGCAGUUUCUUGUUUGUGUUCUUACCUUCUUGCUGCAGUCCUGUACCACCAGGUGCUGACAGUUUGCUCAGGUCAUGUGCUCCUCGGAGACACCGCAGCCUCUCCUGGAACAACUUCAGUGUUUGACGCAGAGAGUCGAUGUCCAGCAAGCCUAUCAAGAGCAAAUUAUACACUUUCUGCAGGAACUCUCCUCCCGGUUGUAUCAGCUGCAGGUUGUGUCCACUUCCUCACCCUCUGUUUCGGCUCCUGCUCCGGUUCCUGCUGCUCCAACACCCACUGUUCCUCCAGUGGAACACAGUCCUUCAAAACUCCAGCUGCCUCCACCGCCUCGCUUCUCUGGUGAUCCCAAAGCUUGUCGGGGCUUCAUCAAUCAGUGCUCAAUUCACUUUGAGCUAGCAGCUCACCAUUUUUCUACUGACUGUUCCAAGGUGGCGUACAUGAUUUCCCUCCUUUCUGGUGAAGCACUAGCUUGGGCCUCG